CGUGAGUGCGGGCCGGCGGGGAGCGGGGACACCCCCCCCCCCCCCCCCGCGGGGCGUCCGGCCCCGCCGCCGGACCGGCGGGCGGGCGGACGGAGCCGCGCAGCGGAGGGGAGCGGGCAGGCGCGGGGGGAGUGGUUAGCGGUUCCGCCGCGACACCCCCAGCACCCCCCCCCCGCCCCGUUAAGCCGCCCCUCUCCAAAUAAAUCAGCACCAUGACUACUUCUGGGCAUGGAACAAAGAGGAUGCUCUCCCGGGGCCCCGCGCUGCUUCUGGCGCCGCUGCUGCUCCUGUGCCGAGUGGUGGAGAGCCGAGGAGGGAUCAUGGACAGCAUACAGAGAUUUUCAAACCUGCCAACGUAUCUCCCUGCAAGCUAUCACAUCUGCAAUGCUGAUAUUUUCUUCUUCCUCAAAGAAGCCAACCAGGAUAUCAUGAGGAACUCCAGUUUGCAGUCCAGGGUGGAUUCAUUCUUUAUAUACAAAGCCAAACUGCCACCUGUCCUAAAUGCCACAUAUGGACCCUUUUCUGUUGAGCAGGCUGUUCCCUUGGACCUCAUGCUGACUUCUGCAUCUCUUGGUUUCACAAAUAAAUUCACUUUUAAUUGGAAAUUAAAAUCUCACAUAAUCGACAACUCAAUCUAUUCCAACAAACCUAAAAUACAAACCUUGUUCUAUAUCGCGGGGAAGGACUGGGAUGACUAUAAUUCUGCGGAGAGGUUGCCUUGUGUGAAGAUGUUUGCUUUCCUGGAGUCUAGAGAAGUUGUGGCCAGCUGUAGAUUGACAGGUCAUCUAGGAUUAUGUGUUGCGGAGCUGGAAUUAUCUCCUAGCUGGUUCAGCUCCCCUCCACCCCUGGUCUCAGAGGAAACAGCCUCCGUGGAAGGGAUUACUGUGGAGCUCUUCUAUAAGAUUUAUCCACCAGAUGGGGAAUGUUCUCCAGAGGAUGCAAAAUGGGAAAACAAUAUCCAUGCAGGUCAAGAUAAUGAACACAAGGCUUUGUCAGCUAUGGAGAGGAUUGGUAGCAUCAUUGUUUACCCAAAUCAAGACAAAUUAAAACAGUCUUCCCUGAGGCUAGAUGAAAAUGUCGUUAUUCGCUUACCCCUCAACCCGGUCAGAGAAGGUGAUAUUGUGACCUUUCAUGUUUCCCUGGCUGAUGACUCUCUAGCAGACCAGUUUGUAUUAAGAAUUAGGACAGCCCCAGGUGUGAAGAUCAUGGACAUCAGAGUCAGUGAUGCAGACCAAUGGGGGGUUCAAGAAGAGACGGACAGUGCAAGGACCACUGCCACGAUCACAUGUGUGCACAACGACCCAAAUGCAGAGAACAGAGCAAACAUGUCCUCCUACGAGAUCCUGCAGAUGGACUUUGAGAUCGACAACACUAGCAGCCUGGCAGGGGCCCAGCAAAUUACCUGGCAGGUGGAAUACCCUCGAGAUGACUCCGUGAGCGAACUGGUGGUCUCCGAGAUCUUUGUCAGCCAAACAAUGUUUGUGGGAAUUGUUCCUCUUGCGAUGGACACGGAAGUCCUUAACACGGCCAUUCUGACAGGCAAAACGGUGUCUGUUCCAGUCAAGGUUGUUGCCGUGCAGGAGGAUGGGUCCGUGGUCGAUGUUUCAGACUCCACUGAGUGCAAAUCAGCUGAUGAAGACGUCAUAAAGGUUUCUGACAGAUGUGACUCCAUCUUCGUUAAUGGCAAGGAAAUGAAAAGCAAAGUGGAUACUAUUGUUAACUUCACUUAUCAGCAUUUUACCACCCAAUUAGAAGUGACGGUCUGGGUUCCAAGGCUCCCACUGCAGAUAGAGAUCUCUGAUACAGAGCUUAGCCAGAUCAAAGGCUGGAGGAUACCCGUCACGGCCAAUAAAAGGCCUACCCGUGACAGUGAGGAUGAAGAGGAUGAUGAGAAAAAAGGAAAAGGUUGUACCCUCCAGUAUCAGCAUGCCAUGGUGCGAGUCCUCACACAGUUUGUAGCUGAAUCCUCUGAGUUUGGAGGCCACCUGACCUAUAUGCUAGGCUCUGAGUGGCAGUUUGACAUCACUGACCUUGUGACUGAUUUCAUGAAGGUAGAAGAACCCAAGAUUGCUAAGCUUCAAGAUGGCCGAGUUCUGGUUGGUCGUGAGCAUGGCAUCACCACGGUCCAGGUUCUGUCACCUCUUUCCGAUUCCAUCUUGGCAGAGAAGACGGUGAUAGUUCUAGAUGACCGUGUAACCAUUACAGAUCUAGGAGUACAACUAGUUUCAGGCUUGUCCCUCUCCUUACAAAUCAGCAAAGGAAAUAAGAGAGCUAUCGUUUCUACCACCUCUGCAUAUGAUAUCCUUCAUACUCCAAAACAGGAAGCCAUAGUCAGUGCUUGGAUUUUGUUCAGCGAUGGGUCAGUGACGCCAUUAGAUAUCUAUGAUUCCAAGGACUUCUCGAUCACCAUCACUUCACUGGAUGAGAUGGUAGUGUCUGCGCACCAAAACCUUCAGUCCAAAUGGCCUGGGAUAGUGGCAGAAGGGGAUGGGCAAGGACCUCUGAUUAAAAUUGAAAUGGUCAUCAGUGAGCCAUGUCAGAAGACUAAGCGGAAGAGCAUUCUCGCUGUUGGGAAAGGAAGUGUCAAAGUGAAGUUUGGUCAAAAAGAUUCUGACCAAAAAGGAACCACUAAUGACAUUGAUGAUAUGGAUAGAGAUUUUAAAAGCCAUGCAAGCAAUUCUAUAGAGAAACCUGCAGAACAAGAGAGGACAGCACAAGAAUGGUCCAAAAACCAUGAGGACACGUCCAGUCAUGAGGACAAUGCAAACAAAAGCACAACUUUCAUAUCUCCUAUUGAUCAGGACUCCCUGGAGGAUGGCCAGCUCCAAAAUAACCCAACUGCCUUCACAGGUUUCCCAGCGCAAGUAGAAAUACCAGGAGAAAACAAUCCCAGUGAUCUCACAUUGACUUCAAGAGGAUUAACAGAUUUGGAGAUUGGCAUGUAUGCCCUGCUGUGUGUUUUCUGCUUAGCAAUCUUGGUCUUUUUGAUUAACUGCGUGGCAUUUGCUUGGAAGUACAGGCAUAAAAGGUUUGCUGUGAGUGAGCAAGGCAACAUCCCCCACUCCCAUGAUUGGGUCUGGCUUGGAAAUGAGGUUGAACUGCUGGAAAACCCAGUUGACAUUUCGCUCCCGUCAGAGGACUGCACUACCAUGAUUGACAGAGGAAUGCAGUUUGAAGAAAGCAACUUUCUCCUUAAUGGGAGUUCUCAGAAGACUCUUCAUAAUCAUAUCCUCAGAUCUUCUGAGUACCUUUGUGAAAAAGAAGUUAAAAGUGAACCUAUAAAUCCUUCUGGGCCAAAGCAGAAGCGAGUAAAGUUCACUUCAUACACAACAAUACUGCCGGAGGAUGGGGGCCCCUACACCAACUCAAUUCUAUUUGACAGUGAUGAUAAUAUUAAAUGGGUAUGCCAAGAUAUGAAUCUUGGUGAUUCCAAGGAACUUAGGGACUAUAUGGAAAGACUGCAAGACAAUAUGUAAAACUACUUUCUUAUGUUUGUAAUCACCUUUAUGCCUUCUGUUUAUGGAUGGUGGAGCAGUCAGUCCAGUCAGCAAUAGGAACGAGACAGUCCAACCUUGGAGUUACUGAGAUGAUAACCUGAUAUCACUGAGCAGGUACAAGAGGCUGGCUGAGUUAAACCUGUUUCACCACAAACCAGGAUGUGCCCCUAAAACAGCUACCUGUAGGUGUUGGAGGUGUCACACAUGAUGGCUGUUUUUGUAUACUGCCUGGUACUAGCAAAAUGCUAAUACAACUACGCUCAGACUCAGAGGAGACUUCAUUUGUUUGUCAUCUCAUGAUAAAUGGUAAAUCAGAAAACAAAGGGAUAUUUGUUUGCAUUGAUUUUUCUAGUCGUCGUCCUUUGUAUAAAGCACAGUGGACAUUUCUUGCUUACAGCCUGAAAUGAGGCUUACAUUAAAAGGGAUCUGAAUGAAUCUAAUUUUAUUGCCUAUGUGCAAUGCAGCCAAGUAGUCUUAUUAUUUUUUACAGAUAUAAAAACCCCCAUGUGGUUAAUUUCUUCUCCUGUUGUUUAUGAAUUUUAUUUGACUUAGGGACCAUUAAAUAUUUUCUUUAAGGUUUUUUUUUUUUUUUGGUUGUACCAAAGUGUAGUACAGUCAUAUUUAUAAUGAUUUAGGUUUUCUAUUCAUCUGCAUCAGCCCCUAGAGAUACCUCCUUCAUCACUGAUUAUCUUUCUCCUUUCCACAUGGGUAUGUGGGUCAUUAGUAUUUGAAAACAUAGGAAGGUAUUAGGACUCUUACUGGGAAAGGGUUGUAUCUUCUUACAGGGAACUGUAAAUACAAUAAUAAACCCUGGAAAAUAAAAAUCAAGGAGUAGCCCUGGGUUUGCUUUUGUCAUUGCUAAUAAGAAAAAGUAACCUGCAACAAAACAGCACAUUACUUCAAGGGAAAAUGCUUUGCUGAAACAGCAGCUUGGUUGACAAUACAUAUUGUUAUCAGAAUGAGAAAGUCAAAUGUGGUAUUGAAAUGCAUAGAAUAGGAAGGAAAUUUCCUAGCAAAUAAGCAAAAGCUUGGAGUGACUGUUACUCUGUACUAAUUAAUACACUGAUGGUAGAGCUUAGCAGGACAAAGAAGUCCAUGCUCAAUGGCUAAUGCCCCAGACCUUGUCUAAAACAUCUCUGACCAUAAGGCCGUUAAAGAGAAAAACUUUACACCAUGUUUCAUUAUAAAAAGAAGAAGGAAAGAAAAGACACACUGGGCACAUUAUGAAGUGACUAUUCCCAAUUUUAACAAGAAAAACGUGCUGGAAAUUCAAAGCUGCCAUUUCAUAUGCAUUACAUGUAUUUUUUUACUGAAGGAUGACUGAAAUAAGUUGAAAAUUACAGUUAGAAAAAAACUGAAUCUAUGUAAUACUUAACAAAACCAAUAAAGCACAUGUUCUUGUGAUGGAUCCUGUGCAAUAAACACAAGAUCCAAGUUACAACUGCCUUACAUACUGUAGUUCCCAUCUUUUAGGUAGAUCAAGAUAGGAUUUGAAUUUUAUAAUUCAGUUCUGAUAUUAGAACAGACCAGACAACCCUAACUAUGGGAAAUCCUGCAUUUGGAUCCUAAUCCACAAUGGGGAACAUGUUUAAUAUAACUACUGCAAAAUAUGAGAAUUUUAAUGGUGAGACUAGAAAGUGAGGACACUAGGCUUAUAUAAGUAAGUGAUGAGAGACUUAUGUUUGCUGGCACUGAACUGCAUAGUGAGGGGAUGGCAUCUGUUAUAAUCUAAUUUUAAGUAGAGAAAAUAAUAGAGCACAGAGAUGCUUCUAUUUCAUAACGGAUGCAGCACUUGUGCGUCAAAUGAAAUCUUGGGUUGUUUAACAAAUGUUCUCUCCUCUUUAAAUGAUCCAGACCUCGUAAGGAAAUAUUAAUUCCUACUAUGAUCCUUAUUACUAACAACAUAAAAAUCCCUUUUUUAGAAUUUAACAUCUCUUCCCAACAUGUUAUUUUGUAUGUGGCCCAACCAUAAAGCAAGCGUAUUGUUUGCACAAUAGUAAAGAGUAUAAAUGAACCACAAAUAAAUUUAGUCUUGAAAUCUGAGGAAACAACUUGCUGAUGGCAGUUGCAGAGCGCAAACAGCACAGCUGUUUUCAUGAGUGCAGUUUACCAGUGCAACUAUGAUCUCACAGCAGUGGACUGGACUCCAUGACCCAUUUCUUCAUGAUGGCCCCAGUUCUGCUAAGUACACCAGCAGAUGCUGAACUCCAUCCCUAGUCAGUGCCACGUAAGCACACCGAGUGCCAAGGGACUUACAGGUGUGCUUAGCUGCUCUUCCGACUCAUUCGUAGGUAACGGAAGGCAACAGCUUUAUUUACUUGUUCAGGAAAUUUCCCUUCAAGGGCUAUGACUUGAAAGGCUGAGGAUCACUAAGUGGGGGCUCACCACUGUCAUACUGGUGUGUCCUUGAACUUGUGCCUGAGGCCUAAUCCCUGGUUGUCUGUAGUACUUACAAGUGGCUGCAUACUAGCGUGUGGGGUAAGGACAGCCCUACCUGCAGUGUGGUCACUGCUAGAAGCCACCAAAGGAGACCUCAGGCCUUUUCAGCACGCACUUGCCACAUGGCUUGCAAACCCCUGUGCUUUCAGAUGUUGCUGCUGAAGACAGUUACAAAUGCAGGGUUCCAGGGCUGUUAGUGUUGGACCAGAAAUACUUCCAUUCUGGUGUUUGACUGAGCAUGUAUCUAAAAUACACUCUGGAGUAGACUGUGACAUGUAACUAGGGCCUGUGUUCUAUUUACCAUAGGUGAAGUCCUGGCUCGCUACGGCAUCUGUCAGUGUGGUCGUGAAGUUCUUCAAUGAAGUUCUUAGGUGGCUCAGUGGCUGAAUGUGGGGCUUCGUUAGAGUCAUGACUUUUGCAGUCAUAGGCAUCAUACUAUCCCAAAGUUAAAUUACAAAUACAGUGCAUUAGAAAGCAGUACAGCCACUACUGGUGAUCAGUUAAACAACAGAACUGGAUACAGCUGUCCAGAAAAAGCCCCCCCCCCCCCCCAAUCUGGCAAUGGGGGAAAUAAAUCUACAACUGCAGAUUCAUAUAACCUUUUUUUUUUUUUUUUUUUUUUUACAUCACAUGUUACAUGAAAAUUCUUACGUGGAAAAAUGGCAAUACAAAAAACGAAAUGGGAAGAGAGAAUUCUAUUCACAGUAAAACUGGGAUAACACCAAUAAAAUGGAGUUAUUCUGGAUUUAUGCUGGGUUAAGCACUUAUGCUAAUUCUCAUAAAAUCGAAAGGGAAAUAAUUUAGAUUAAUAUAUUUGAUGCAAAAUACAGUUCUGAGUUGAUCAGUCCUUUUUAAAUGAAAUACCUCAAAUUUUAGUUUCAAAAUGAUGACAUACUUUAAAUGUAAGUAAAUUUAAUUUAGAAUUAUUUAAAAAAACCCCACAAUUUUCUGAUUCACCUAAUUUUUUUUAAACGACUCUUUUAAAGUCUUUUAUUCAUGGAAUAAAUAAUAUCUCACUUUUUGCUGUUAAAUGAACAGCAUUUAUACAUUGAUAAAAGAGUCUCCGCUUUUGAGAUUACAAAGCAAAGGUAACCAAAUGAUCAAAAGACACAAUAUGUAUGUAUGUAUGUAUGUAUGCAGGAAACUAGAAUUGUGUAAAAAAGAAAAUGGAAACUAUACUGACAGAUUAAUUAGAAUUAUGCUUUAGUAGGUGCCCAGGAAAGCAACACCUGUAAUUUGAUACUGAACAAACAGCAUAUCUUAUUUAUGGCAUGUAUAGAGAAGACAUUGUGAGCGAGUUUCUUUGCCUGCUAUCAAGGAAAGACAGUAUGUAUUAUCAAUACAUCUACCAGGAGACACCUAGGAAAAAUUCUGUAAGCAGAGUGGAUUAAUGGAACAUGGGGAGUUUGUGAACUUUAAAAAUAAAGGUCUGAUACCAGACCCUCAACUCUUACAAUCAGAGCUGAGUGAUUUAUGGCAGCUGAACACUGGCAUACAGAGAACAGAGAAGCAAGAGCUAGUAGUUUUUAUCUCUGCAGAACUUUUUAUUUCAUUUGGCCGUCACACACAGGCUAGCUCCAUGUGCCCUGUCUACGCCUUCUUUCUCAUUUAAGUAAGAAUUUAGGAAACCAGUGCCCUGCUCUCCUCUUGAUGUAGAACCACAUAGAUUAAUGUUUUGAGCUGCUGUUUCUUAAUUCAUAUUGGGGAAUGUACAAGAAAAUCUUACAGCCAUACGACACAGUACAAACAGUCCAUUAUAUAAUGGAAAAAUCCCUGUAUUUCAAGGUAGAGUACCCUAUGAAUAAAAUACCAAUUUUUCAUAGCGGAUAUGCUGUUUUCUGAAAUAGAAAUCGUGUGCACUACAUUGAAAUACACUAUAGUGUAUUGUGAAAUGCAUACAUUAAUUGCUGAAUCUAUAACACUGAAUAUGUAUAUACAUCACACCCAAGAUAUUUAUACAAUAUAAUAAGUCUUAGAUGUAUAACAUAAUGAAUUGUGUACAAAAUAAACUGUAAGUUAAGACAAUGAAA